AUGUCACCUUUCAAGCGACUUGUCAGAUUCUCUUUGGGCGAUCAGGUUUGCUACGGCGACCUUGUCAAAUCAGAAGGCGAUGAGCACACCGUCGAGCGUCUCGUUGGAAGUCCGUUCGAUGGACUGAAGAGGACCGGAGACACUGUAAAGACAAGCAAGGUUGGGAAGAACCCCGAUAGCACCACAUUCAUGUACAUGGCUGACUUUGGCAAGCUCCUCUGUCCCCUGGAGAGUACACCCCUCAUCGUCUGCAUUGGACUCAAUUACAAGAAACAUGCCCAGGAGGCCAACCUAUCUGUUCCUACGUACCCUACCGUCUUCACCAAGCCCGCCGAUGCUCUUGCCGGGCCAAAUGACGUGGUUCGCACGCAUCCCGACGCGCGCCCCAUGCUUGACUUUGAAGGCGAGCUGGCCAUUGUAAUUGCCAAGGAUGCCAAGAACGUUUCCGAAGAGAACGCCUGGGACUACAUCCUCGGCUUCGCCGCAUCUAACGACGUUUCGGCGCGAAACUUUCAGCUGCCCGAGGCGUCGGGUGGCCAGUUUUGUUACGCCAAGUCCUUCGACGGGUUUGCGCCCCUGGGCCAUACCAUUACCUCGCCGACCGAGGUUGGGAAUACCCUCGAAGCGCGCCUCACGACAAAGGUCAACGGCACGAUCAAGCAAGACUCCAACACGAACGACAUGAUUUGGAGCGUCGGCCAGCUCAUCAGCCACCUGUCGCGCGGAACGACGCUGCGCCAGGGGACGGUUAUCAUGACGGGAACACCGUCUGGCGUGGGCUUCUUCCGCAAGGAGUUCCUCCAAGAUGGCGACGUCGUUGAAGUCGAGAUUGAGGGAAUAGGCAAGAUCCGGAACGUGAUUUCUCAUGCCGAAUAA